UUCGCUGAAAUCCCCAUGAAGUGGGUUGUGUGUCUAAUAGCAAUAUCUUGGACUAUUCCAACUGUUAUUGCUGUAUUUCCGUUAUUACCUUUCGUUGAAGAUUAUUUCGUCGACAGCAUCUGGGUCAGCAACAAUCCAUUUGCGGCCACAAUCACGAAACACGAGUUGGUAGAAAUCAAUGAAUGGCUUCUUACCACAGCAAAGUACUCAAAUUACCCAACAGAAUCUCUUCCAACUGAUUCGUGGUCGACACUCGAAAAGUCAUUUAUUAGAAUUAUCCCAGAAUUUGAGAUUAAACAGAAGUUUGGAUAUUACUCGACUCAUAGCAUUUGUCUUCCAACCUUACUUCCGGAUCGAAAUAAUGACACUGCAUGGGCAUAUGCUAUGCUGAUAAUCAUAUUGAAUUUCCUAUUUUUCUUCUUUAUUUUGGUUGCCAAUAUAAUCCUUUACAGGACAUCUACGAAAAAGAAUAAAGUUAUCAGUGACAAAGAACGCAAAAAAGAGUCAGAAGUUUGCAACGAAAAGUCACUGUUAUUGUGGUGA